AUGGAAAAAAGUGGAGUAAGAGACAGAAAAAGUAAAACCGAUACAGGUGAUCAAAAACGAACACCAAACACCACCCUCCGAAACCAAAAGCGUGGUGCAGACACAGAAUCAAAGCUGGGCUCUAAAGCCCCUCUUCCCCACAAGGACUCUGGUUUCAUCUCUUAUGUCCACCCCUCACACUCCGACACCAUCUUCACUCAUCUGCAUCGCUUUUGGGAGGAACAGCUGCUGGUAGACUGCACCUUUCCCCUCCAAGGAAACUCCUUCCGAGCUCACAGACUCGUGCUGGCAGCUGCCAGCCAAACCCCUGCUGCAGUUUUAGGCCCUGGAGUGGAAGAAAUAGCACAAUGUUUGACCCCAGUUGGGCUGAGGGCUGUUCUUGAGUUUGCAUAUUGUGGAGACGUGACCGUGGACUUGAGUGAAGACUGGGUAACAGAGGAGGUGCUGGACGCAUGUCAGUGUCUGCACAUGGAGAGGCUGAGGGAAAGGUGCAUGUCAAAGGUCGCGACCUCUCCGGCAACACAGAGAGACAAGAGCUUAGCGGUCAUCAAGGACAUGUGGGAGAGAGGAGUGGGGUGCGAUAUCACAAUAAAAGCAGAGACUGGAGAGAGACACUCAGCGCACCGUGUGGUCUUAGCAGCAGGAGGGGACUACUUCCGGGCGCUGCUGUGCGGAGGGUUACGGGAGUCAAGCGAGGAUGUGGUGUGCCUGCGAGGCGUCCCAUCCUGGGUGAUUGAAUCCAUACUCAGCUUCGUCUACUCGGGUCAGCUCAGGCUGGGCUGGAGCCGGAUCUGGGAGCUCACAGAUGCACUGGUUCAGUUCCAGCUGGAGGAGGCGCUCUCGCUGUGCACCGACUUCCUGCGGGACAGAAUGGAUGAAGGCUGCUGUCUGGAUGUGCUUGUUCUGGCUGAGACUUACGGGUUGCUCCAGCUGGGGCAGGCUGCAGAGGAGUAUAUCCUGGCCCACUUCCAGUGCAUCUCUGCUGGGGAGAAGUUCAAGGAUGUCCCCUGUGCCCUGCUGGAAAGGCUGCUGGAGAAAGACUCACUGUGUGUAGAGAGUGAGAUUGCGGUGUUCAGGGCUGUGGUGAGCUGGGUGGAGGACAACCGUAAAGAAAGGCUUCCAUGUCUUCCAGAGCUGCUCCUCCGAGUCCGGACCCCCCUCCUCAGCUACUCUGAGCUCCAGGAGGCCCUCAGCUGCAGCCUCUUGUACAGGAGUCCAGGGACCAAGGGAACACUGGAGGCCCUGCAGAGCCUCAUGGAGGGGAACUACAGAGGGCCCGAGUGCCAACCCCGCACCCCAAACCAGGUCCUGGUUCUGGUCGGCGGGGACACCGUCGACGAGGACUUCAAGAAGAGGGUUCCCAGUCAGACGUUGUGGUUCGCUCAGCGCUUCCACCGAGGGUUUGGUUUGAUUAGAAGCAUUGAGUGGAAGGCGUUUACAAAGAUCCCCGAGCUGCCUCGGUUCAGACACUGUGUCUGUCUGCUCAACAACAAACUGUACGUUCUGGGAGGACGCAGUUUCUACGGAGCUCUGGACAUCCUGAAGUCCGCUGUGAG